AUGUGCUCCCGCCAGGACAAGGACCAUUGUCACCACCAGCAACAAUUCACCCGCCAGAGCAGCAGCAGUGGCUGCCACAGCUCCGGUGGUGGUGGCUGCCACAGCUCCAGUGGAGGUGGCUGCCACAGCUCUGGUGGUAGCAGCGGUGGUGGCUGUCACAGCAGCAGAAGUGGAGGUGGCUGUCACAGCUCUGGUGGCAGCAGUGGCUGCCACAGCUCCAGUGGUGGUGGCUGCCACAGCAGCGGUGGCUCCGGCUGCCACGGGAAGCCCCAGAUGCAGAGCCAGCAGCAGCAGCAGCAGCAGAUCCAGCAGCUGCCCCAGCAGAAGAUGAAGUGA